UUGUCGUACUAACGACAAGAAUUCCAUACGAGAAACGAAAAAGGAAACAUCGACAAAGAGUAAGAUUUUUUAUGACCAACAAGGACGUGGGACCCGGAUAUAAUAGAUUGUAUGGUGUGCUGUACGUUUUGGUGUUGCUUUGGAAAGUUCCCGCAAUGGGCCACUGCUCGUUUGACAUAUGUAUUACGAACUGCGUUCAAUGCAAGAAAAUGUUUGGUCCAUACUUCCAAGGAAGAGUUUGUGCGGAUGCUUGCGUUUCAACCAAUGGGAAAAUAAUUUUGGAUUGCAACAUACCCGAAACAGUCGUAACCUUUUUGAAGCGAUUUCACUAGCGCUAGACAUCAAUGAUUAAAACACAACUGUAUACAAAAAAAACUGUAUUUAAGCGUAAUACUUUUGUGAAAGGAAAAUUUAGUUAGUUAUUGC